AUGACCCCGCUCAGAUCUGUUGACAAGUUCGUCGUGACCUUCUUGGUCGACAAUUGCAUAGAAUGGAUGACAAAGUUGCCUCCAGGGUUCACCCAUGAACUGCGAACACACUUGACGGAGCACAACCCGCCAAUCGACCCGCUGACAGGAACUCCGUUCAUAGACCUCGAACACUAUUGUUGUGGCGCACACGGCUUUUCUGCUCUCAUCGAGACGCAAAUCAAUGGUGAGAGCUCUCACUACACACUGUUUGACACGGGCCCGGAGUCGCUCUCCAUCGCGCGCAACGUCGCUGCGAUGCACACUCAGACGCACAAGAUCGACCGUGUCGUCCUCUCGCACUGGCACUCGGAUCAUAGCGGCGGGAUGCUUUCCUUCCUGCGCCUCCGCGCACAGGACGUACACGAGCACGCGAAGCAUGCAGCGCCGUGUGUCGUCGACCUUCACCCCAGCCGGCCGCUCGCGCGUGGCAUAUCCUCCCAAGGCAACGUCAUCGCGCGCCUCCCGCCGGACCCUACGUUCGAGCAGAUCAAGGCUGCCGGCGGCGUGCCGGAGACGCACGCCGAAGGACACGCGAUCGCAGGCGAGACGGUGUGGGUGAGCGGAGAGAUACCGCGUCUGACGGAGUUCGAGGACGGGCUGCCGGGUGGAGUCAGGUGGAUCGAGCAAGAGGACGGCAAAGGUGGAUGGGCCGAGGAGCAGCAUCUAAUGGACGAGCGGUAUGCUGCGAUCGAUGUGGCAGGCAAGGGUCUCAUCAUCUUCUCGGCGUGUUCGCAUGCCGGUAUCGUCAACGUGGUGAGAGACGCCGUUGUGACGUUCAAACGGCCGGUGUACAUGAUCAUCGGGGGCCUGCAUCUCGCAGGUUCGGACCUCGCACCACGCAUUGAGCCCACCGUGGACUUCUUGGCCAACCGACUGCGACCGGCGCCAACGUAUGUUUUACCUAUGCAUUGUUCGGGAUUCGCUGCGAAGAUAGCACUCGAGGCAGCCCUCGGUGAAGGGUGUGUGCCUGCCGGAGUGGGACACAAGGUAGAGGUAGAUGGCGAUCGCGAGGCGGAGAAGACGAUAUUCCCACCUUCGAUCCGGUAG